AUGCCGCCCUCCCUGAGAAAGGCAUGCCACCCUUGUACUGCCGCAAAGCGCCGAUGUCGUCCUCAACUGCCCAAGUGCUCUCGAUGCUUGGAGAAGGGCUUGAGCUGCACCUACGAUCUUGAACCAGUCUCCAGUGUUGAAACCACCGGUCCAGAUUAUGUCACCUCCGCACAAUAUCCCGUCCGACAGCUCCUCCCUUCGCGAUUGUACGAUUCGGUGGCCUCCGCUCAUGCUGAUGCUAUUCGCUCCUAUACGACCCAGGGCUACGACCUGCAGAAGGGUGUGCCUGUCAUGAGCAAUCCCGAUACAUUCGAGCUCGCCAGGGUACAUCUCAGACGGAUCCCUCUCCUGACAUUCCAGCAUCGAUCGACGCCCUAUGCCCAUGCCACAGUCUUGUCUGCGGGCGAAGGCAUCUCAGUAAUUCCGUUGGUAGCCGCAGGAUCAAACCUGUCUUCUUCCUUCUUGCAAACAGAGAAGCACCGUCUACUAUCACUAAGUGUGCGAGACUUGACAUUUAUACAGUUCACGGCGGUCUUCCACGAGUUGGUUGCCAUCGUGCUGGCUUCUUACCUAGACAAGAGUCAAGAGGAUGUCGUAGCUUCGGACUUCCAAACACUAUAUGAUUUGUUUCUUACCUGGUCCCAACAUUUCUACUCGAUUCUGCCCGAGACACUGGACAGCAACCUCUCGGCCUGGCAAGCCUGGACCAUCGCCGAGAGCGCCCGGAGAACAGUGAUAUGCGCCACCAUGAUUCGAGGCUGUAUGGAGAUUGUUCGACUGGGGUACUGUUAUUACAGACCAGGGGUUGAGUCGUUGCCGUUUGAUGCACGGACAGGUCUCUGGGAAGCCAAUACCGAAGAAGAGUGGCAGGCUGCUGUGGCCAGGCAUGGUGGUGCAGAGUGCAGUCUGAUGUCCUGGCACGAGUUUAUUGAGAGUGGAGGCUCCGAGCCACGCAAGCAACAUGAUGGCAUGUUACAGCGUCUCCUUCUAGCCGGGCAUUUCGGGAGGGCUGCCGCACAAUGUCAGUGA